GGGUCUGAUAGACAGCGCGGCGACCCUAUCACUUUCCCCGAGCGGCGCGUCGGCCCUGAUCCAGCCAAUGGGGGGCGGACCCGGCCUUUGCCAGGGUUGGGUGCGCCACUGAACGGAUGGCCGAGGGAGCCAAGCGGACUCUGCAGGAAAGCGGACCAGCUAUUUGCAAGUCAUCUGUUGCCACCCACCCAUGUCAAGAUGACUAAGCUGGGAUUUUUGCGGUUGUCCUAUGAGAAGCAGGACACACUUCUUAAGCUUCUCAUUCUGUCCAUGGCUGCUGUGUUAUCUUUCUCUACUCGUCUGUUUGCUGUCCUGAGAUUUGAAAGUGUCAUUCAUGAGUUUGAUCCGUACUUUAAUUAUCGGACUACCCGGUUCCUGGCUGAAGAGGGAUUUUAUAAAUUUCAUAACUGGUUUGAUGACCGGGCCUGGUAUCCUUUGGGUCGAAUUAUUGGAGGAACAAUUUACCCAGGUUUAAUGAUCACCUCUGCUGCAAUCUACCAUGUCCUUCAUUUUUUCCAUAUCACCAUCGACAUUCGUAAUGUGUGUGUGUUCCUGGCCCCUCUCUUCUCUUCCUUCACCACCAUUGUUACGUACCACCUUACCAAAGAGCUCAAGGAUGCAGGGGCAGGACUUCUUGCUGCCGCUAUGAUUGCCGUAGUUCCUGGCUACAUCUCUCGUUCAGUGGCUGGCUCUUACGACAAUGAAGGAAUUGCCAUCUUUUGUAUGCUCCUCACCUACUACAUGUGGAUCAAAGCAGUGAAGACUGGCUCCAUCUACUGGGCAGCCAAGUGUGCCCUGGCCUAUUUCUACAUGGUCUCUUCAUGGGGAGGUUAUGUAUUCCUCAUCAACUUGAUCCCUCUCCAUGUCCUGGUGCUGAUGCUCACGGGACGUUUCUCCCACCGGAUCUAUGUGGCCUACUGCACUGUCUACUGCCUGGGCACCAUCCUCUCCAUGCAGAUCUCCUUCGUGGGUUUCCAGCCCGUCCUCUCAUCAGAGCACAUGGCUGCCUUUGGGGUCUUUGGUCUCUGCCAGAUCCAUGCCUUCGUGGAUUAUCUGCGCAGCAAGUUGAAUCCACAGCAGUUUGAAGUUCUUUUCCGAAGUGUCAUCUCCCUGGUGGGCUUUGUCCUUCUCACUGUGGGAGCCCUCCUCAUGCUGACAGGAAAAAUAUCUCCCUGGACUGGGCGGUUCUAUUCCCUGCUGGACCCUUCAUAUGCAAAGAACAACAUUCCCAUCAUUGCUUCUGUGUCUGAGCAUCAGCCUACAACAUGGUCCUCGUACUAUUUUGACCUGCAGCUUCUUGUCUUCAUGUUUCCAGUUGGUCUCUAUUACUGCUUUAGCAACCUGUCUGAUGCCCGGAUUUUCAUCAUCAUGUACGGUGUGACCAGCAUGUACUUUUCGGCUGUAAUGGUGCGUCUAAUGCUGGUGUUGGCACCUGUUAUGUGCAUUCUUUCUGGAAUUGGAGUCUCCCAAGUGCUCUCCACAUAUAUGAAGAAUCUGGAUAUCAGUCGUCCAGACAAGAAGGGCAAGAAGCAGCAGGAUUCUACCUACCCUAUUAAAAAUGAAGUGGCAAGUGGGAUGAUACUGGUCAUGGCUUUCUUUCUCAUCACAUAUACCUUUCACUCAACCUGGGUGACCAGUGAAGCAUACUCCUCCCCCUCUAUUGUGCUGUCUGCUCGGGGUGGGGAUGGCAGCAGGAUCAUUUUUGAUGACUUUCGAGAAGCAUACUAUUGGCUUCGUCACAAUACUCCAGAGGAUGCAAAGGUCAUGUCUUGGUGGGAUUAUGGCUACCAGAUCACAGCUAUGGCAAAUCGUACAAUCUUAGUGGACAACAACACAUGGAAUAAUACCCAUAUAUCUCGUGUAGGACAGGCAAUGGCAUCUACUGAAGAAAAAGCCUAUGAAAUUAUGAGAGAGCUUGAUGUCAGCUACGUACUGGUCAUUUUUGGAGGCCUUACUGGGUAUUCUUCUGAUGACAUCAACAAAUUUCUAUGGAUGGUCCGGAUUGGAGGGAGCACAGACACAGGCAAACAUAUUAAGGAGCAUGAUUACUACACUCCAACUGGGGAGUUCCGCGUGGACCGGGAGGGCUCUCCAGUGCUGCUCAACUGCCUUAUGUACAAGAUGUGCUACUACCGCUUUGGACAAGUCUACACAGAAGCCAAGCGUCCACCAGGCUUUGACCGUGUCCGGAAUGCUGAGAUUGGGAAUAAAGACUUUGAGCUGGAUGUCCUGGAGGAAGCAUAUACCACAGAACACUGGCUAGUGAGGAUAUACAAGGUAAAGGACCUGGAUAAUCGAGGUCUGUCAAGGACAUAAAUAGUACAUCCAGCUCUGAGAUGCUUCGCACUGAAUGCGUCACAUUUUGGACGCUGAAGAUGUUUUUUAAAUGCAGUUUAUAAGAGCACGAUGGGAUUAGAAUUGUCUGGACAUUUUGCUCUGGGCAUUAUGGGCUGGGCCAAAUGGAAUGAUUUUUAUAAUUCUGAGCAGGUUACCAAAUGAAAUGUCAUGUCUUUACUUUGGUCAAUUAAAGGGGGGAAUUUUUUUUUUU